CGUGCGGGUGUGUGGCUGAUUGCAUUUGCCGCGUUGAGAUUAUCACCUUCUUGUUAUGAGAGAUCACUGGCAUCGAGCAGCUCACACGCGACACUACCGUCCUCGAACAAUACAAAGAUCACCCAGGGCCAUCAUUCAUCCCGAAGUACUCGCUGCAUGUGCGAGGAGCUGCGCGUAUAUAUAUGCAUCAUGCACUAGUGGCUUGUCCUGUGGUGUUCCGCUAUGGCCACGCUUUCCCAACCCACUCUGCUCCCAGAUGCCCCGCUCCCUGGACUGAACACCACUCUGGGCGCGGUGAUGAUAGGUGCCUUUAUCUGUGCUGUUAAUCCAUGGACAUAUCGACUGAUGACACGGACUUGCAUAGGCUCUACGGCAUUGUCUGCCUCCAAACCUUUAUGCUGUGUCAGAUUUCUUGCCAAGACAACCAGUAUGCAAAAUACACCGUGUGGGUUCUUUGGUGAGCUCAAAUCAUUAGCUGCUUGUGAUGCUCGUGAUACACCCUUUUUUGAUACCGUAACCUCUAGGGCUGUGAAUACUGCGCAUCUUGCUUUCUCGAUACAUCCCUGUUACUGGUACAUGGUCACCAACUAUGGCCGUCCUGCCACCAUAGAUCGCAUUCCCUGUCUCCUGACUCUAAGGGCUUUGACCACCAAGUUUGGUGUAUUCCUAACGGGGAUCAACGAUGUCCUCGUUCGUAGGUUAGUGCUUCAGAUAUCAACUGAGUACAAUCAUAGUUCUCAUUCGAUGCGCUUAGCUGGUUCAUUUAUCGGAUCUGGAUCCCCACUCUGGUUCGUUCCAUCUCUUCCACAUUGCAUGCGUCGCGACCGCCUUCGGGUUUACCAUAGGUACCGAGUAAGGACGUUCUCCGUAUUUCGUCAAGACGAGUGGAUCUUGGACACCGAUAUGUCCUUGGUUUUUGUCUCCGACGUCGUCCUCGCCCUUUUCCUCUGCUUCUACCUCGCCGGAUCUCGUAGUAGCGUCCUAAGUAGGAGGUGGGUUUGGCCGUAUCCUCGCGACUUCAGUCGAGUGUUUGCCCGAGUCUGA